GUUAACAGUAACUGAGUCGGAAGGGAUCUUGGAGGUCAACUAGUCCAACCCCCUGCUCACGCAGGAGACCUGUCCCAGGGAUUCGAACCGCCGACCUUUCUGAUCGACAAAGCUCAGUGUUUUAGCCACUGGGCCACUUAGACAGCCUCACCUCCCCUCCUUCGCGAAAAAGCUCCUGAAGGGGUAAACUGAAGAAAUGAUGCAUACGCUGAAAACCAAGCCAAACUUGUUCAGCUUAAAGGGAUUUUUCUGGCUUUGUCUUUUUGAGCUUCUGCAUAGUAAUUCAGGUACUCUCAGUCAAGAAUUAAAAGUUGUAGUCCAAGAAGGAGAUGAAGCCAGGCUUCCUUGCGGUUACAAAAUCCCUAGAGGCACAUCUCUAGAAUCUUACUACAUCUAUUGGCAAAAGCCUAUCCGUGGUAAACAAGACCUGGUUGUGAUUUCAUACAAGAACGGUAAAGAAGUUGAAUUGGAUAAGAACAAAUCUUACACGAACAGAACAAAGUUAGAUGAGCAGAAUCUUACACUUUCAAUCGCCUCAGUGACAGUAAAUGAUAGUGGAAAAUAUAGAUGUAUUGCCAUAUUACAAAGUGACAUAAAAGAAGCACCUACCCAUUUAUCUGUGAUAGUUCCAUUUAGUACGCCUAAGAUCCUGAACAAUUUGUCCAGUGAACGUUGUGACCCAAUAAAUUUGACACUGAUGUGUUUGUCUCAUGGAGGUUCUUCAGAGCCAAAGAUGUAUGGAUCUAUCAAUGGAAAUCCAGUGAAUUGGACUGUCACAAGCAAUGAAAUACUUGGUCGUUAUAAUAUUACUGGCAUUUUGCAGUUAAACAUGUCAGAAAAUAUAUUGAUCCAGUGCUCAGUUCAUUAUUUAGAUUUCCAAGUGUCAACCAAUUAUAGCUUGAAUAUGACAAAGAACUGUUCUGAACCCAGAACUGAAUUGCCACCAUUGCCACCAUUGCCACCAUUGCCACCUUUUGGGAUUAUUAUUUCUUCAACAGUGAUCCUGAUUUUCUUUCUAACUGUGGUAAUGCUAGUAAUACUCCAAUGCUAUGUUCACAAGCAUCCAAGGUCCUCCACCACACAUCAGUCACUGGCAACAGAUGAAAUGAUACUUGAGGAGCAAUCUAGUGGGCAGACAUCUUCAGGGCUGGGGAGGUAA